UCUUGAUCAGCUUGAUAUACAACGUGGUAUAACAUUAUUUGCGUGACUAUCUUGAUAUAGCCAGCGUUCGUCAUAUCAACAUCAGAAAAGACAAACGCACCUACAACCUCUAGACGCUACAAAGAAUUGAACUGUGAUUGAUGGGAAGUGGAUGAAACUUGUGAGUACCUACAAGUCGAAGAACGAGGACAUAGGUGGAUAAAUUUAAAGAAAUCACUUUCUCCAGAAAAUCCAGCACAGUAUCAGGAAGCUUUGGAAGAUGGCAGAGCAAGGACAGCACAAGGUGUUUAAUGAUCCCAUCCACGGGCAUAUGGAGUUACACCCAUUACUCGUCAAAAUCAUUGACACACCUCAGUUCCAGAGACUACGAAACAUCAAGCAGCUUGGAGGGGCUUACUUCGUUUACCCUGGAGCAUCCCACAACCGCUUUGAACACUCUAUUGGGGUGGGGCACCUAGCAGGAGAACUUGUAAAAGCUCUGAGUGCAAGGCAGCCAGAACUCCUCAUCACUGCAAGAGACAUCCUUUGUGUGCAGAUUGCUGGUCUUUGCCAUGACCUGGGACAUGGACCCUUUUCCCAUCUGUAUGAUCAGGUGUUCAUCCCCAAGACAUGUUCAGAAAAAAAAGGGUGGAAGCAUGAUGACGCCUCUCUACAGAUGUUUGACCACCUAGUGGAACGUAAUGGCCUAGAGGAGGAGAUGGAGAGGUACGGCCUGGUGCUGCCUCAGGACCAGACCUUCAUCAAAGAGAUGAUUGCAGGACCACUCAAAAAAAGACAGGUAGAACCGCACACAGAGACAGUUGAUGAGUGGCCAUAUGAAGGCCGUCCACAGGAAAAGUCCUUCCUCUAUGAAAUUGUGGCCAACAAAACAAAUGGCAUUGAUGUGGACAAGUUUGACUACUUUGCCAGGGACUGCCACCACCUGGGCAUCCGGAACAACUUUGACCAUCUCCGCUACUUUAAGUUUGCCAGGGUGUGUGAGGUGGACGGGCAGAAGCACAUCUGCUCUAGGGACAAGGAGGUGAACAAUCUGUAUGACAUGUUCCACACACGGUACAGUCUCCACAGAAGAGCCUACCAGCACAGUGUGAACAAGAUCAUGGAGUUCAUGAUUGCAGAGGCCUUUUUACAAGCAGACGAGCACAUCAAGAUUGAAGGCUCAGGAGGGGAGAUGUUCACUCUCUCCGGAGCCAUAGAUGACAUGGAGGCCUACACCAAGCUGACAGAUGAUGUCUUUCACCAAAUACUCAACUCCUCCGAUCCGCUCUUGGCUGAGGCGAGGGAGAUUCUACAGAGAAUCAUCACUCGAAACCACUACAAGUUACUGGCUGAAACAAACUGUACACCAAACCAAAUCAAGAUCCUUGAGGCCAACUGGAAAGAAGAAUUGACUGGAGCCCUUCAAGGGGACGGGCUAAACCCAGAGGACUUUGAAGUUAUAGACAGUACUAUGGACUAUGGGAGCAAAGACAAGGACCCAAUUAGAAAUGUGUAUUUCUACAGCAAGAGAGACCCUGACACAGCAUUCCAUAUCCCCAGAGAGCGGGUGUCCAGCCUCCUCCCAACAUGCUUUUCUGAGAUGCUGAUCAGGGUUUACUGUAAGAGGACUGAUGAAGAGCCACUGGAGCGUGCCCGUGAGCGCUUCAGGAACUGGUGCGAAGAUAGAGGGUUGCCAGUGCUGCAGGGGGAAGGCCAAGAAACACAAGCGCUAAUCCCAGAGGGAGAAUAAGUUUUGGCAGAUGGAGAGAAGGCAAACACUCCCUGAUACUCACUGGAUUAUUAUGAUUUACUACCAACAUGUUAAAUUGAGUUAAUCUGAGUUGUAGGGACAUGACAUAUUUAAAGGUGUUUGGUUUUGAUGUUAAUCGUGUGAAUUAAUGUGGUAAUCAAAUCAGAUAUUAGUUUGACUUUGAGUGAUUUUCGAUUAGAGGUUGUUUUUGGUUUUGUGGUUGCAACUCGGUCAUUUUACUUUAUCUUUGCUCAUACUGCAUUUAUCAUUAAGCCCAAAGGGCUGAAAGUUUUCACCAAUGACUGGAAGUUGGGUGCAGAUCUUGCUCAGGGGCGCCAUUAUUUAAGGUAAAAUGUUUUAAGUCUGACUUACAUGGAACUUGGUACAGACAUCUAUCUAUUUAUUCUCUAUAAAUUGUGUGAAUUAAUGUGGUAAUCAGAUCAGACAUUAGUUUGACUUUGAGUGAUUUUUGAUUAGAGGUUGUUUUUGGUGUUGUGGUUGCAACUUGGUCAUUUUACUGCAUCUAAGGUACGGUAAGGUAGCUUUAUUAGUACCCGAGGGUAGAUUUGGUUUGCAGUUAGGUUAGGUGAGUCGGCUGCUUUCACACAGACAACACUUACGACAAAGAUAUAAGACAGUGCUCACCUACUGCAUUUAUCAUUACUUAUUUACUGUUCAUCUUUUAAUUUGUUUGUGAAAUGUCUCUUAUAUUGUUUGCAUCUUUUUUUCGGGUUUCAAGUCCAAAGAGCUGAAAGAUUUUCACCAAUGACUGGAAGUUGGGUGCAAAUCUUGUUCAACAAAUAUGAUCCCAAUAAGCCAAACUGGGGCGCCAUAAUUUAAGGUAAAAAUUUUGAACUUGAAAACAUACUUGAACACAGACUACAUUUUCUGCCAAUUUUAAUAUUUUCAAAACAUAUUUAUGACAUCUCCUCCUAAACUGUAGGUCCAAUUUGUGCCACUAACCAAUAAACUUUGAGUGGGCGUGGCUUAGCACAGAAAUUGGCCAAUCAUUAUGACACUUUGAGGAAUGUCAGCACAGGUACCUGAAACAUACCCUGAAAGUCUCAUUCAAAUCGGGCACUAGAGGGCGCUACAAAUGCAGACAAGAUUUACUGCCCUGCAGUUGUCUCUGCUAACCAGUCAAGUCAGGCUUUCAUCCAUGUCUCUGCAGACUGUAUAUGUAGCCGUAGACAAUGUUCAGGGCCGCCCCUCCCUAAACUCAGAACAUGCGCUGUGCGUAGGGCCUCAUCUUCCAUGGGGGGCCACAUUUUGCGCGAGCGGACGUAUUUGCGCAUAUGCGCAAUGGAUGCGCACAUGCGCUACCGUGAGGCGCGCGUAGAAUCAGCUCGGGGAAGGAGAGAAGAGACCUGACCGCCCAUGCGUCGCUGCAAUGAUUGACAGCACUCGACAUCUGAACAAUAAGAGGGGUGCGCUGGCAGGCGCUUGCAGAGCUGCAGCAGGUGAAGAGUUGUCAACAUGUCGUCCAAAAGAGGAGUAUGUGUGGGGACAGGAGUGUGU